GCGCUGUGACCACAUUGCAGGCUGCUUUUCCUCGACACAACAUGCAUUCAUGUGUGAGUUUGUCCUAAAGGAGUACAGAUAUCUGUAGAUUUACAACUAUGGAAGAAGACCUCACAAUACUGACUGAUUCUCUGAAAAACUGCAACACAGGAGAUGAAAAAGAAAAGGUCAAAGACUUUGUGUACAAGCAUUUCAGAGAAGUGGCAGACGGGUCGCUCUUCAAUAAUGCAGAAGAAUCUUCCAAUAAGGAACAUGGAAGUUCUUCCAAGAAAGAGAAACAAAGUCUUAAAAAGGCCCAUUGUAAAACUCAGCAAGGUGCUGUCUUCUCUGGAAAGAUUCUGAGCUUUGGAUGCUCUGUGUGUAAAGAUGAUUCCACAUAUAGCCCCAAUGAUCUCCUUAAGCAUUUCCGAGCUGCCCAUAAAGGAACCCUUCCUACGUACCCUUGUGACCUGUGUGCUUUUUCCACACACGAGUUCCCUGCUCUUCAACGCCAUCGGAUUGAGCACAGGAAUACUCUGGUUACAUGUGAGCUCUGCAACAACGAUGUUCAGUACUCUUUGCUAUUGCUUACCAGACACUACAUCAUGUGUCACAGUCUAAAUGGACAGUUUAACUGUGACUGGUGCGAGUUUACAACUGUGGAUGCAGGUACAUUCGUCCAGCACAUCCAUCAUCACAAUGAGAGUCCUUGGAAGUGUUUAAAAUGCAGACAUAUCAGCCUGAAUGAAGAGGCUCACCAGAAGCAUAAGAAAGCUCACUCUUGUACAUUCCCCUUCACUUGUCAGAUCUGUGGAUAUGGUGCAUCAAGAAGCGACUAUCUUAAAAAACACACUGCAGCUGUUCACAAAGAGCAUGCUGAGAGACGGAAUGUAUGGACAGCUUUAGAAGACAGCAGCACUUCAGCAAAUUCAUCUGCAAGCUUAAAACAUUUGUUGAAAAAGGGUGGUGAAUCACAGGAGGCUCAGAGGAUAUCAAAACUAAACUGUCUUUCUGGGAUUCAAAACCAAAAUGGCAGGCUAAUCAAACCAGAGAUAUCCUUUGAGGAGACCAACCACUUGGUGGAUGCAAAAAAGGAAAGAAAAUGUAUUCAUAAUAAAGACCAGUCAAUGUCAGAGAUGUUACAGGAAUGUGACACCUCUCCAAGCUCUGAUGCUGCCAAUCUCGCCAAUCCAAAUGGACUGACUGUUCUGAUGGUGAAAAAUAAAAUCUCUCUUCCCCCCAACUGCACUACCAAAGUGAUGGGAUUCAAGAUGGUUGAUGGCAAAAAACAUUUAGUACUCAAAGUAAUACCAACAGCAAAGCAAGAUUCAUCCAUCCAGAACCACUCCCUAGUUGAAGAUGUUGGCUCAGCACCAAAUCCUGAGUCAGAUAAAAGUAAAGUCUCUUAUGAGAAUGGGGAAUUCUCUAACAGCAAUAACUUAACAUCACAUUGUUUAGCUCUUUCACCAAGAAGUGGGUCUUCCGUACAGAUGGAUCAGGACGAUAUUCUGGCAGUUAAAGUAAAGAUUGAGGAGGAAGAAACUUCUGUUUGCAACAUUGAUUCUUCACCACCUAGAGCUGACGUAGAGGAGCAAACUAACCCUUUACCUAGAAGGUCUUCGACUUGUGCAGAUACGUUAUACCCAAUGACUGAUGAGUUUGAUCAUGCAGUCAAAAAAAAUCACGCAAGUCAGAUAACCUGCUCAGAGAGAAGCAAGUUUGAUAAUGAUUUAGUCUCUGCAACAUUGAAACCUGAUGCAAUUUACCAUAGUGGUCCUCAAAUCAGUAAUACAUCACCAAUAUGUGCUAGGAAGAUCACUAUUUUAUCUUUAAAAGUUGCUCAGGAAAUAUUGUCUUUAGAACACGUUUCCAAAGAAACUAUUGAGAAUUGUGGGGCUGCAGAUGAGUUAUUAAUGGCUGAUACAGAAGCAGAUAAACUCAAUGAUGACCAAUAUUGUCUGAGUACUCCAGAAAAAACUGAUAGAGGUAAAAGUCAGAUUAAACAUAACAACAGCAAGCUAAAUGUUAAGCAUUUGACUAAUCCAUCACAUCAAUCAGAGUUAGCCCAACCCAGUACAGGAAGCUGCAGAGAAAGUGCUAUAGGCUCAGAAAACUCAAACAAACAAAACUCCCCAAACCAAGAAGUAUUUACAUUUCACAAUUAUUCCAAGGAAACACUUGGCACUCCACCCAAAUCUACCCAACACUUUGACAAUAUGUCGGAACAUUCAGCAGAAAAAGAAAAUAUGUGUGAAUCAUCACAGUUUAGGUUGACAUUGGCAGAGUCUCCAGAUCCAGGAGAGGACUCGGAUCAAGAAGAUGUACCAGAUGGUGACAUUGAUGAGGGCACAGGUAGUGUUGAGGAUCCUUCCACUGAGGAUGAAAAUCCUGAUUCAGUGUUCCAAGACUUUAAUAUUAUCAAAAUAGAGGAGGAUAGCGUUCCUAUAUCUGACAAUCAAUCAGAAACAAAGAGUAAUUCAACUGGCCUGGGCAAUUUUGUGGAGGAACAUUCAGAUGCAAUAAUUUCGCAACAACUAAAUAAGGAAAGAGUUGAACUCUCUAGUAAUGAUCCUCUAAAACAAACAAAAACGGCUCUUCGAUUUCUUCAGUUGCCAGAGGGUAAGCAGUCAGUGUUCCUGAGAACUGCUGAGAAUAAAUGUGCCAUGCCCAAGGCAACUCCAGGUUUCAAACUGAUAACAAAUUCUGCAAGUCCCCAGAUCAACGUAUCUUAUAUGAAGCCAGGGUUUGAAAACGGCAGGAGGGUAGGUGCAUCAGCACCAAAGGCAGGAGCUUCUGAAAAAGGGACAACACUUCUCUCUGCUGUCCAACCAGGUGUUGGCACCACCUCAAAUCACUACCUUAUCAACAGCCAAGGGUUAAAGGGCCCUGUACUCUUUUCAAACACACCACAUAAUACGCCUACAGACCAAACAGCAAAGACACAGCCAACUUGCUACUUGGUACAGAGGUCUGUUCCAAUUGGUCAGACCCCCAGUGCUCCUGGCCUCAGACUGGCAAGUACACAACUCCCACUGAACUCAAAGCCCGUUCUGGCCAUGUCUGCGAACUCUACAGAUAAAGCCAACACUUUGCAGACGGGGCGCCAGGCAUUCUUGCUCCGCUACAUUUCUCCACCCAAAUCAGGAUUAUGGUUGAAUAACCAAGAGACAAAGACUGGAACACAGUGUGGCCAAACCAGUGAAAGUACUGGAAACAAAGUCAUAUUUAAAAUUGUCAGUCCUACAGGAAGCCUUCUCACAAGUGGCGCUCCCACCUCAAGCAAUCAACCUUUGUUUUUGGCCACCAGACCUCAGACCCAGUGUUUUCUGGUGUCAUCAAACAAAACCAAUGCAAAUUCAUCCAAUGGAGUAACGAAAUUCAUCCCAAUACACAAUACUGCACAGAUAGAUGUCAAUGAAUCUUGUAUUUCACCCUCUCGGAUGAAUGUAAAGCUUCAACUGUGUGAAGCAGAGAAACCUGUCCUAGCCCCAAGGCCAAUUCGUCCCCCAAGCCAAAGGAAAAGGCGCAGGAAAACAUUGUUCGACGAGCUUCCAGCUACAGUGCAUAAAGCUAGAAGACUCUCGAAUAAAGGACUGGCUGAGAAAGAGACUACUCUGUUAUGGAAGCCUAUAGCCAAAGAAGUAGAAAGGACACUGAGGCUUGCCCCGUUCAGUUCUCAACAGCAGAUCAAAUGCCCUCGUAGAUUCCAACCUGUUGUGGUGCUCAAUCAUCCAGAUGCUGACAUUCCCGAGGUGGCCAAUAUUAUGAAGGUAGUAAACAGGAACAAAGGUGCAGUUACUAAAGUCUCUCUAUCUCAGAAAACAAUCCAAGCUCUCUCUGAGCAAGGAGCUCUAUGGAAGAAUUCCUUGACCAAAGGUGCAUCGUCUCAUUGCGACGAUUCAAGACCCCGGCCAGUUCUGAGUUCUGUCAGAGAGCGGUUCCUCCUGAAAAUGAAGUUGAGGAAAAAGAGCAAAAAGAAGUAUGAGGUAGUUGACCCUCGACCACGUUGUGGACAAGAGCCUGUGGUGUUUGACUGCUGGUUUUGUGGUCGGCUCUUUAACAACCAAGAAGAUUGGAUUGGCCACGGCCAGCGACACCUCAUGGAGGCAACUAGAGACUGGAAUAAACUGUUCUGAACAUUUCAAAUACACCUCCGAGUGGAAUAACGUUCUCUUUUUUGGGGUGAAACAAAUGGUUCAAGUUGUAUAUUUUUAAUGACCUUCCACACUAUUUUUGUUUAAUUUUGUGCUCCUGUAAAUACAUAUUCUGAAGCAAAUCAUAGUUUAUCUUUUCAUAGGUGCAUUUUCUGGUAAACUGUACUGUAAGCAUGAUCUCUAUCAUGCAUGCACAGGUCACAUUGAACUGCGAAAAUGGUGCACUGUAAUUAGGAGAGUGGCAAGAUCACUAGUUCGAUUAAAGGGACAGGAGUAUUCUGAGCUGGAUUGAAUUGCUCAGGGGAUUUCAUAUUAAUAUGGUUUGUCAUUUUUGCUCAUACAUUUUAAGUAAGCUGAUGCCUAGUUUAAGGGACUUUAGUAUCUUAUUUGCUUAACUUUUUUGAAGCUUGUAUAAAAACUCCUUUGUUAAAUGCUUGUCAUGGAAGAAUGUUCUGGUCCAAAUUAUUACAUUUUGUAUGAUGUUUUAUUAAUGAUGAUUUCAUUUUACUCUAUUCUAUCAUCAAGGGUAGAUAACAGUUUCCUUGCCAGGGUUUUGUCAACCUGUAGCAUAUAUUUGUAAUAACUAGAGCUGAGAGUUUCCCAAGUAAUCUCUUAAGUCUGCCAUCAGUGUUGGUUUAAUAAAAUACCGUUGCGUGUUAAAAUAAUGGCUUGGUAAUAAUAAUAUAACAAAUCCAAUUGCUUUUAUUUUUUUAAUUUAAGAUACCGUUAAUCAACCGCAACACUUGGAAUUAUUUCACAUUUAAAGCCUGUUUGGAAGGUAACCAAACCUGUAUAAACCAGAAUAAUGUCAAACAUGUUUCUGAGGGUCAGAAGGACAAUGGUGGUUUUUAUGAUGGGAUGGAUUGGCUGAAUUCCCCCAGAAAUCACAACAUUUUUUACUUUACAGGAAUAGUUUAGGGUGUGUAAAAAAUCUGAAAUAGCUUGUUUGCUAUAGAACAAAAAAACAUUUCAUCUUUAUAUCAAAUACUUUUAGUAAUGAAUUUAAAGUUACUGGCACAUUUGUUAAAAAACGAAUCAUUUCUACUGUAGUAGGAGCCCUGGACUCUGUAUCAACUCUCACCUGUUCUUGCAUUCUGUUAUUUAAUCUGUUCCCUACCAUCAAGUCCAAUAUUUGGACAUUUGUUUCAAUGUUACGUUUGACACUUUUUUCAUGGCGACAGGACAGGGACUUUGUUUCUUUAGGAUGUUAAUGAUUGUAUUACAUGAUGAUGGAUCUGUGGAAUUCAUGUUUUAUUCUAUUUAAUAUGCAAGUGAUUGAACAAUAUAAGCCAUACUGAUGUUUUUAUACUUUCACAAUGCUUGUUUGGAGCCCGUCUAAAUUACUGAAGUUCUGACCUCAGCAGGUCCUGCAUUUUACCAGCAUUUACUGAAUGUUCAUCUUUAUCUUUGCUACAAUCAUCAGCAACAAACAUUUAUUCCACAUUAGGUCAAGUCCCUGAAAUCGUUUUCUGUAACAUUCCUACAAAUGUAUCAUGUGUAGUAUCUACAUUCCACUCAUAUUUGUGACUUACAAAUGGAACCAAACAAGCAUAAACCUUCACUAGCAUUAUGGGGAGUUCUCUUUUGUAAGACAUUGUUAAACAUUAUGGAAAAUAUGCUUACUUAGAGUGAGCUGAGAAUAUUGAAAUGUCUGUGUCCUUACUACAGAGCUGGAGUUAGCUUAGUUAGCCUAGCUUAGCAUAAAGAGGGGAAGCAGGGUAAAGUCAAAAAUACUCUACCUACACCUGAAAACUCCCUCUUUAAUACGCUGUUCAUUAAAUCUGUGUUGUGGUUUAAGGGGGAGUUGGCACUAUUUCUUGAAGAACACCGUCGUAUCCAUCCACCCACCCAAUACUUCUGCGAAGUGCCCCGGCUACAGAGUGUUUUUAGAUAUGCCAAGUCAGCAUAGGCCUAGCUCUCUGUACAGACUGCUUGAAGACAGUGGCUGAGGUUCAGCCUGUACAUUCUUAAGACACAAGGCUCAUUAAAGUUAUAUAAGUUAGAUAAAUGUUCCUUAAUUCCAAAUUUAAACUAGCAUUGUAUUUAUACGUUUUCUUAUUUUGGAGCUCACCCCCUAAUGCAGUUAAAAACGAUCACAGCCAAAUGGAUGCCAACACCAAAUGACCUCUGGCUUUUAUUUCAGUUUGUUUCAGAGUUUCAUGUUUCUGAUGGGAAUGCACAGAGUCUUCUUCUCUGCUCUCAGGCCAAAGAACUGUUUGGUGGUAUAACAUGUAAACAGUUGAUGGGAUUUCUAACACGAGUUCUGAACUGUGAUAACUACAAACCACUCAUAUGUGAUACACUACUACAUCAGCUAAUUGUGUCCGUUGUAUGAGCCAAAAUUGAAACGUGAAUAAUAUUGAUAUCUGUUUUGAGUUUGUACAUAAACACAACUCCAUCAUGUACAGUACACUGCUCGUGUCCACAUAUUUGCCCAGUCUUUCCUCAUGCAAAGUGCCUCGAAUGUCCUUUAGCAGGUUGACAAUGAGUACUGUAUUAUUUUGUUCAACUUAGUGGUUCACUCUCCUUUAAUAAAUGUACAUACCCUAUG